AUGUCAGAAGGCCUACAACGACGCCGUGGAGUCAAAAGUUCCAACGACUCUUCUGAGGCUCUGGAUGUGAACAACAAAGAAAACAAUCGAGUGGCUUUUGAUCCGCAAGACCUCUCGUCAAAUAGUCGUGAAGUUCAAAGUCCAAUGUUGACGUUGAUGGAGGAGGUCCUUUUGAUCGGACUUAAAGACAGAGAAGGCUAUCUGUCAUUUUGGAACGAUAAUAUUUCCUAUGCCCUGCGUGGACUAAUCUUGCUUGAAUUGGCCUUUAGAGGUAAGAUUCAAAUGGUCAAUGAUCCUGCCCGCAGAAGGUUUGAACUUCCUGACCGAUUAAUCGAGGUUGUUGAUGGUUCCUUAACAGGUGAGAUGCUGCUCGAUGAAGCUCUCAAACUGAUGAAAAGUGAUCCUACAAACUCAAGUGUGCUCAAUUGGAUCGAUUUACUCAGUGGUGAAACUUGGAAUCUAAUGAAAAUCAAUUACCAGCUGAAACAGGUCAGGGAGAGAUUGGCUAAGGGUCUAGUAGAUAAAGGAGUGCUUAGAACUGAACGCAAGAAUUUUUUUCUCUUUGAUAUGGCUACUCACCCAAUCAGCGAUCCUCAAGCAAAAAGACAGGUAGUGAAAAGGAUGCUCAACAUGUUAACUAAUAGAAACUACAUCAUAGAGAACGAUCCCAAAUAUUUUGCUAAGGAAUGUGGGUACCAGCAUCUUAGAAGUGUGGCCCUAGUAUGUGGUUGUUAUGCAGGAAACGUUUUAGAGAAUGUUGUCUUUGAUCUCAACUACGAACAGAGAGAUCGGGCUUUCAACAGAGCUGAUGAGUUGCUCUCGCAAUACUCGGAUUAUCCAUUUGAAAACAAAAAAAUACCUUAG